GGCAGAGAGAGAGAGCAGUACUGUAGGAAUCGUCUUCCCACCUGGUACACUACAACACAAACGAAAUACUGGAAAGAGACUCUGAGCUUCUGAGUGAAAAACUAGCCUUUUGGAUGUUGCUCCUCUUGAGUGAGCAAGAGAAAGUUUCUUAACCAAACACUGAGACCCUGAGUGAUGCAAAGCUGUCUCCAUAAUGAUUUUCGUUUCUUUUUCAUAAAAUACAUGCUGCUUUGCUGACUAUUAAAGAUUUUUGGAAGAAAUAGUCCUUUAAAACUGAAAAAGGUUCAGUAUAUUAAAACCUUAAGCAGAGUUCUCCAAGCAUGUCCAUCCAGGAAUCUCCUGAAAUUACAAAGACUGCAGAACAGAGCCAAGGAACUGUGGGUCUGAAGCGCAAGUUGACUGGCCCACCCAGGUUGCUUCUAGGUAAAACCAAGCCAAAGCGGCAAUAUGAAAAUCGGGCUGAAGCUCGAGCUAAGAGACUGAGAGGAGAAAGGACCAGCAAUGGUAACCAGAUGUGUCUUGAAAUCCAGCCAGCCAGCAAAGAAAUGGAUAAUAUGACAAGACAAGAAGGUAUUCCACAGGUGUUGUCAGAAAUUGUAGAUCUUCAGAAAGAAUCAGCACUCAGCACAGAUGAAGGCCAGAAAGCUACUGCCAGUGCAGGAGUGGAUUCUGUAGAGAGCUGGUGUAAAUUAAAAGAAACUAAAGUCAACAGGGAAGAGCAUUUGCAAGCCAAGAAUAAAGAUAAAAGAAAGCUAAUGAAAAGUGGAUGGAAGCAAUCCCAUAAACCAUCACUGUUUUGCUUAAGAAAUAAGAAAAAUAAAUCAGACAAAACAUCUAAUAAAGAUGGGGAACAAAAUACCGAUGUUCCCUUGUAUGAUCGAGAGACCAGAGACCUUACUGAUACUAGUAUCAAGCCAGCUUCAGAAGACAUAAUUUCUGGAGAAGAAUACAACACUGAAUCCUUCAAUCAUCAGUUUGACUCUGGACUGAAGAAAAAAGGCAAGCUUCCAGGUAGAAUUUGGUCUUCCUUCAAGAAACUUGUGAUCCAGUCAAAUGUUUCAAAGAAAUCAAGGAAAGGGAUUUUAAGCCAAGAAACAGACUGUGGUACUGAUGAUGCACUCAAUGCUACUUCUUUUAAGAAAAAAAUUGUAUCCUUUUUUAAUCAUGGAACCAAGAAACAUUCAGCCUCCUUUCAUGAAGAUCUCAGGACUACUCAAGAAUCUGAAGAGGAAGCAAAAAGGAUCCUGACAAACAAAAAUGCAGAUAUAUGUUUUGACAUACUCACAGAUGUCCAAAGAGGUGCCAGUUCAGAUGAAACCUUUGAAGGCAGUGCACCAUCAUCUGAAAUCCUAACAGUAAAUGUUGAUGUGAGUAUAGCAAAAAUAAAAGGGAAAGAUGAAAGAGGGUUUGAUGAAUGCCAGACAUAUAAAGACAGAUCUGUAGAUAUGUUUACUGAAUGUCAUAAACUGGACAGCUGCCUAGCAGAAGGCAAAAGGCAAUCUCAAGGUUGUAUAAGAAAGACACCAGAGAAAAUAGAGACUGUUGAAAUUAUUCCCACAGGGAAGUCCAUGCUUUCCUUCCUGAAUGAGACUCAAAAAGACCCAGAUGAUUUCUCAACCAGUUCACCUUUCAGUGUUUGUGUUGAUGAUCAUAAAACUCUUUUCCCUGAACAGAACCUCUCAGCAACAAGCACUUCUGGCAACAAGCCAGUCAAGGUGUCACGAGAUGCUAUAAACCGUGAAAUGAAGAUGGUGAAAGAAAUCCAAAAUACAGAAAACGAUUACUUGCUAUGCCAUUCUAACAAUGGAACAAAUAACAGUGAUUUUGAAAAGAAUGGUUCUGAAGUUAUUCCUAAAAUAAACAUAAACAUUUGCUCAGUAGAUGACAUUAAUUCAGAGUACAAUGACGUCUUGCUGUUACAAACAGCUUACUCUGUGGUAAAGACAGCCAUGCAGGCUGCCUUGGCUGAAUUUACUGAGGAGCUUAAUACUGGUUCUUGUAGUAUUUUGAAAUAGGCCCUUGAGUACAGAGAUCUCUUGACAGCCUUGAGGUUUCCAACAUAAAUACAGUACAUACAUCACCACCUCAGUAAAAUUGUACCCAAAUGAUCUGACAAAUGUCAAAGCUCACUGUCCAAUUCCAGGAGGCAGAAGCAGUUGUACAGUGAUCUUCUCUUCAUUUAAAAUAAGGAAAAUACAUAAUGCAAACAGGAAAUGCAGCUGUGCUGAGAAUUUGGUGGAUCAGGAACUUUUAUGAUCUACACAAUAUUUAAGUAUUUAAUUUAAAAUGUUUUGUUUCUAUAUUUUUCUCUUUUUCAAGAUAAAUUACACUUUUGAAAGCAACAUACUGAUUACACAUAACUAUCAAAAGCUUCAAUUUCUUACAAUCCUCUGACAGCAAGACCAUGUUUCUUGGAGGCAGUGGAAGGGUUAUUGAUGUACUUUUUCUCUUGUUUGUUUGCUUAUUGCUAUUGCAUUUUCUAAUACUGCUUUCAUUUCUGCAGGAAAUGUUCUGAGACCUUUUUUUAUCAGAGGGCAAGUAUUGAAAAAAAAAUAACAUCUGACAACCUAAUAUUUUAACUAUUAUUUUAUUUAUUAAAUAUAUUUUCAUAAUUACAGGUUUAUCUGAAUUACGUUUUGCAAACUGUAAAAAAAGAUAUAUAAUUGUUUACAUAUUCUCUAUAUAUCUGUUUAAUGUUCUGAUUCACCAAUUGUUUACAUUUCUAAUUAAAAAAGUAUAUCAGACAUUUCCCAGUUUUCUUUUCAUAUGAUACAGGUGUGUCUACAAUAGAACACACUACCUAAAUAAUGCAAAGAUAAUUUACAACACACUGCAUUUGGCAACCUUUAAUAUCUUUAUUUAGAUCCCCGUUUAUAAAUUAAUUUAAUUAACUCAAAGUCAACUGUUAGUUCAAAAACUAAUUGUGGAAUUACUGGUAGCUGCACUGUGUAUAAAACCUGUACAUCUUGACUACAUUAUUGCUGUUUUAUAUUAUGCUCUUAACAGAAAUAGCUUCUGUUUAGAGCAAAGUAUAGUAUAUGUAGUUUAGAUAUAGUUUAGAGCAUAGUACUGAGUCCGUGAAAUAUACAUUAAAUUGCUAGAUAUUAAAUUAUCAUAAAUUAUGAAUGGAUUAAUUUGAAAAUGAAAGUUAUUGGUCUUUUUUAAUCACAGAUAUUUUGAGCUCACUCUUGUCAUUGUAUUGCCUGAUUUUAAUGGUACUUGAAGAAUCUAGAGUGUUAGGGAAACAACUUGCAACCCUACACUGUGUAAAGAGUUUGAGAUCUACUUAAGCACCAUGCUAGUAAGUGUUCAAUCUGUAUGCAAGUAAAUAAUGUAUUUGUAUCAUGUAAUUAAUGACAAAUUACAGUUUUGAAGGGUAGCUGAUAAAGUGUUACAAUCAGACAGUCAUACUUUCUAAAUACUUUUUGUUUUUUGAAGAGGAUAAUGCAAAUCAGUGUGACUUGAAUAAGUGAAUAAACUUUAAAGAUGUGUUUGACUUCACAAGGUUUCAGCUUGUUUCAUCUUAAAAGGACUGUUUGUAAUGGAUUUCAAUCCUCAAAAAUAAAAAACCCUUAUCUUUACCCGUUUUCUUGCAUUUUCAAAAGGAACGUAAAUAGUGUAUCCAAAAUGCUGCUUUUAAUGUGUAAACUAAGCACUAAUAUUUAAAUGAAUUACUCAGCUAAAUGUGAAUGUCUAUGACGCUAAUUAUAUUUAUACAGUGUCUAUAAAAAUGAGUGGAACAAAUUCUCAGUUAAAUACAUUACAUCAUGGUACCAUGCUGUAACACAAUAAAAUGUGAAAAAGUCCAAGGGGGUGAAUACUUUUUAUAGGCACUGUAUAAUAUACAUUUGCAUAACUUUUAAUUAAGUAUUCUUAAAUAAACAUCCUUGCCUAAACUGUCUGAUUUUUAAAUAUAUGAACAUUCUUGCCUGUAACAAGCAGACAACCUUUUUGUGUAAAGUAUAUACUGUAUGACAAUAGACUCCUCUCCAUUGUCCAGUUUUUUAAUGCAGAGUUAAUUUUCCAUGAAGGGACAAUGCAUGUCCAUAUUUUUAAAAAUUCUUCAGAAACUGUUUUGUGGUCAAAAUAAAUAGCCCCUUCAUAGGACACGGUGAAUCUCAUUUAUGUUUGGGAUUUAACUUUUAUUAUUUUUCUUUUUCAAAAGAUAUCAUGAGACAAUUAAAAAUAUUAAACAUUCAGGCACGUGCCCCUUACAAAUCACAGCUUCAUGGCAUGUAGAGACUUUUUAAAAAAGAAUUCACGUCAAGCAUGGUGUCACCCAACAACCGUGGGUUUCCUUCUGAACUCCUAGUAUAAAUAUUUUUAGAAACCACACUUCAAGGGUGUUUCUGUUAAACAGCAUGGGAGCUUGUAUUUGGCCCUGUACAUGCCUACUUUAAACAUUUGUUUCCUGCUGUUAUUAUAAUUUAUGAGAAAUUGUUUAUUUGGGUGCACAAGAAUGUAUCAAGGGAAUAUAUUUAAAAUAAAGAGGCAUGUAUCAAGCUUAAAUAAGUAAACUGUACAAUGUACCCAAAAUGUAUUUUUAUAUUUAUAUUACUUUUAAGAAUAC